GAAUCAUUUUACGCGAGUGUUGUUUUGAAUCAGCCCGAGAGUUCACAGUUCGAAUGGCAAACAUCGUCACCGCUGCCGCCACCGCCGUCGUCUUCGUUUGUCCGCGGAAAAAUCGAUAAUCAAUCCGUGUACUUGUUUUUUGCGUCCACCGUUCGCCGGGAAUGCUAUCUGCUUGAAGCCUUCCCCGUGUGAAGUAUUUGUUGGUAUGAAGGAUGGAGAAGGUUGAACAGCUCGAUUCCAGCGUCACCAGCAACUCGAUGACGGACCACAACAGCAAAUCGCUGACCUCGUUCGAGGCGGACCGUAGCUUUACGGAGUUUUGCGAUGAAAACAGUCGGUUGGUUGAGGACAUUCGGGAAUCGCCGUCGCCGACGUCACCCUACGGGAAGAAUGUUGCCCUGGUGCAGCCCAACAACCACCGGAGGUCGGACGAACCGACCGAGCUCAGCUUUGAAAAGUUUCCUGAAAAUCACGAAGAAAAAUUGAAACGUAUCAAAAUCGAAAACGCUUUGGACGAUUCCGCGACAACGCAGGACGAGUGGAGGAAGUUUGCGAAAUCCGAGUAUGGUCUCAUUAACGAUGACCUCCGCCGCAAGGUGUGGCCCCUGCUCGUCGGCGUCGACCCCACCCAGGUCGAUCCGGCGCCCUCGCUCGAGCAGCUCAACAGCCACCCCGAGUACAACCAGGUGGUGCUGGACGUGAACCGCUCGCUGAAGCGCUUCCCCCCGGGCAUCCCGUACGAGCAGCGUGUCGCCCUGCAGGACCAGCUGACGGUGCUGAUUCUGCGCGUCAUCAUCAAGUAUCCGCAUCUUAAAUACUAUCAGGGUUAUCACGAUGUGGCCAUCACAUUUCUGUUGGUGGUCGGGGAGGAGGUCGCAUACCACGUGAUGGAAAUCCUGUCCACGAACCACCUGGUGGAGUGCAUGCAGGAAACGAUGGAACCGACUCAGCGGAGGUUAAUGUUUAUCUAUCCGCUUGUGCGCAAGGAGAGUGCGUCGCUGUGUGACUUUCUCGAACGCUCAACCGUGGGCACUCUGUUCGCCCUCCCGUGGUACCUGACCUGGUUUGGCCACAGCCUAAACUCGUACCGGUCCGUGGUGCGACUGUACGACUACUUUCUGGCCUCCGAGUUUCUUCUGCCUAUAUACGUGACCUCGGCGAUCGUGCUGUACAGACAGAGUGAGAUCUUCCAGGAGGACUGCGACAUGGCCUCGCUGCACUGCUUGCUCUCGCAGUUACCAGAAGACUUACCCUUUGAAUACCUGCUGAAGAAUGCAGAGGAAUUGUACCGUAAAUAUCCACCCAAAAUGAUUGAAAAGGACGUGGAGAAUAUGAUUGCCAAAGAGAAGCAGCAGCGCCUCAAGGAGGAGCGGGACCGCGAACGGCGGAAGGCCGCCUACAACAAGGGGGUCGCCAAGCCGGGCCACAACUCGCUCAUCGGCCGGUUAUUCCCGAACCUACCGCUGACGCGGCGGUCCGUGUUUGUGACGACUGCAUUUUCGAUCCUGGUCGGAUUCUGUGCCUAUUACUACCGCGCACACCUGAUACCGCUGUCGGCGGCGGUCAGAUGAGUCGAGCUGUUCCGGCGGAUUCCGUCGACUUUCACGUCCGUCGCCGGCGGCCCACUGACCAGCAGCUACUGAACUGAACUGGACCGGAAGGAAGGGAUUUGCAUGACUUUGCGAUCGCAGAGAGAGAAAGGGAGAGGAGAGAAAAAAAGUUUUAAACGAGAAAUGUGAUUAUUUUUUAACAAAUAUGUUCAUAUAGUGUUAAACAUGGCCAAAUGGAAAUCACGCGAGAUAAUUAACGGUCCGUUUUGUUCGCCAAAAUUUGUCAUUGCAAUAAAAAGAAAAUGAACCACAUUUAGUUCGUACACAUUCUGUAUAGUUUCAUCAAACCCUUGUGUACAUAAAGUGUACGUUGAUUAGCUUUGCAUGGAAUAAAAAGUGGCUUGGUAAGUUUUCCUGGGUGAAAGCACAUUAUUAUCUAAGAUUACAAAAAAAAAGAAGUAAAUUGUUAACUGUAAGCGAAACAAAAUGUGAAAAUUAAACCACUAGGAUGUAAGCCAACGCACUCUGUUGAUGAAUAAGAUCUAUGGAAAAUGUAUAAUACUUUCACUCACUGUUUUAUUGGAUAAAAAAAA